AUGGGGGCCUUUAAGAGUUAUGUUCCUCCUGUUCUCCAGGCUCUGGAGGAGGCAGCAGCCAGUGCUGCUGACGAAGAACAAAAGCGACUCCAGACCCACGCUGAGCUGCAGGACCGCUACAAGAUGGAGCUUGAGAGAGAAAAACUGGUACGGCAGGAGAUGGAGGAGCAGGUGGCCCAGAAGUCCACUGAGCUGGAGCAGUACCUGCAGAGAGUCAAAGAGCUGGAGGACAUGUAUCACCGGCUGGAGGACGCAUUGGAGGAGGAAAGGCGCGCCAGACAGGAUGAGGAAACCGUCCGUAAGCUUCAGGCACGGCUUUUGGAACAGGAGGCCAUAAAGAGAGCUGAGCUGGAGCAGAUCCACCUGCGGCAGCAGCGAGCGAUCUCAGAAACCGAGGCAGAGAAACAAGAGCUGGAGAAGGAACGCCUGGCCAAGGAGAGUGCCCUGCAGGGCGCCAUGAAACAACUGGAAGUGCUGGAGGUGGAGAGGAGAGGGGCGCUCGAGCAGUACCAGGCGGUGAUGAAGAAGCUGGAAGAUGCAGCCAACAACACCCAAACAUGGAAGCACAAAGUGGCUCAUCACGAAGGCUUGUUACGGCUCAUCCAGCCCGGUUCAAAGGGACCACUGAAGAUCUCAAACUGGGGCCCGGCUGCCUUUUCUGAAGCAGAGCUCAGUCUGCGGGAGAAGCAGUGGCAGGAGAUGAAGAAUCAAGCAGCACAGGCUCAGUAGAAGCAAGGAGCUGUUCCUGAGGGCACAGUAGCGUCUCUGUUAGUGUGAGAUUAAACUGACCAGAGAUCAGUCGCAGAUUCACCACUGGGACAUAACGUAUUCAAAGUUUAGCAGGAAUCUAACAGAAAAUCAUAAAAGACGAUGCUAAAUUGGAGAGAACUGCUACGUUUGUGUUACAUUUUUUGUUGCUGAUAGUAUUUAGCAGACAGACCUGUAUGAUCAGGCAGCUAAAGAUAUUUAAUCCUAAUCCUCAUUAGAAUAAUAUGUUCCUUUGUUUUACAUUGGAGAGCUGGAUUAGGAUGUUUGUCAAGUUUAUUAAACAUCCCGCGUUAGCUCCCUCCUCAGGCCUGUGUGUUAAAGAGACAGAAUAUUACAAUAAAAGGUAUCAGAAGAUCCGAUCUUGUUGGAAACGUUAUCGCUCCUGUCCCAAAACCUACUAAGAUUUAUGACCCUGGUGGGAUCAAACCGGUGCUGUUCAAAAGCAACAUGAAAACACAAACAACAAUAUUAGUAAUAAAUCAUUUUACAACGAUUACAGUGAAAACAUUCUACUAGAAAUCGUUUUUCAGAUUUACCCUCUUCCUUCAGAUCACCUGUUGCUCCAUGACCCACAGUGAGCCCCUGACCCCCACUUUGGGGGCCUCUGAUCGGCUGAUAACUGAAGCUAAUUGUUUAUAUUAAGAUCUUCUAACUCUAGCUUAUUUAAUCCGGAGCUCCAGUAAUCCAGAUAACGAAUUUAAACUUCAACCCUCCAACAUGUUAGCUGUACUGCGUUUUUUUUUUGUUGUUUUUAUUCAUAAAUCUGAGUUUCCUUGAAGUUGUGGGGUUAAAACAGAUCACUACCUUCGCAUUAGGUUCUUUAACGUUGUCAUAAUUGUGUGUGCAUGUUGUGUGUGUGCGUGUGCGUGUGUGUGUACGUGCUGUGUGUGUGUGCGCGCGUGCAUGCGUGUGUGUGUGUGUGUGUGUGCGUGCGUGUGUGUAUGUGUGUGUGUUAGGAAUCCAUGCCCAGUCUGGUUUUGACCCGUGACCUGUGCCCCUCUGGAGUGUUUUGUGUAAAUAUGUCCAUAGCUUCCUGCUUUGUUACAGUUGUCCAGCUUCUUUAAUAAACUUGUUUUCCAGAA